AAUCGUCCCGGUUAACGUAGAAAUCUAACCCGCAAUUACUCGACCUUUUAGCUUUCAGACAUUUUUGCUCGCUUCGUCGCCGGUGACCUCUACGUCGCUGCCGUACCGAUAUUCUCCGGCUUCUACGGUGUCGGUCUCCGUGUCUCCGGAGAAGGAAGAAGGUUUUAGGACUGGUUGAAAUUUUCUAGAAGCGUGCUUAUGUCGGCUUCUGUGAUUUUCUAUGUUAAUCUGGAUGAAUAAUUGAAGUUGUUGAGAAGGACAACUGAUGAAGCAAUGGUGCCAUCAGGGUUUUCGUUUUUUAGCACCAGUAGUUCCCACAAAGUUAAUGAUUCAUUUGAUAGUUCUGGAAGCAAGCUAAAACCAACUCUUAGCUUGGAAACAGAUAAAGAUGUUUAUAGGCCGGGAGAUUCAGUAUUUGUUACCAUUGAGGUGGGCAAUUCUUUGGCAAGGAAUCAUGAAAACAGGUUGAUGCCUUCAUUUUUGGUUGAAAGGCUUAGUUUUGAGCUGAAAGGAGUAGAGAAGUUGGACGUUCAGUGGUUUUCUACUCAGAAGCCACUGCCGGGAUCCAAAGGACGGAGAGGUGAACAUAUCUUCCUGGACAGCUCAACACCAUCCAUAACUUCAAAUCAACUCCUGUCUUCCGGUUCCAAAAAGACAUAUCCUUUUACAGUUAUGGUUCGAGCUGUUCUCCCGGACAUUAUACCGCCUUCUUAUAAGGGUGCUACUAUCCGUUAUCUUUACUACAUUAGGACUACAUUAUGUGGCAGAUGGCUGAUGCUAGAGAGUAGUGAUAGCUACAAAGAUUCGAGAAAAGAUUUCACUGAAGUGGAGACUCGCAUCCCUAUACAAGUUUGGAUAAUUCAGAAGAACAAUGGUUUGCUAUUAGAGGAAAGUCAAAAUGAUGGGAUUGUUCCAACCAGUACCAUCCAAACAGAAAUAUAUUGGAAAGAGAUGGAUGGAGACUCGGAAUGGGCUAGAGCUAAUGAGGCAUAUGAUAGUGGUGAAGAUGGAUACGACAGCUCACGGGAUGAGAUGAUGUCUGUUUCUUCUUAUCCCGAAAAAGGGAAUUUACACAGGACCUUUGGCAGUUCACUUUCUUUGCAAUCUGGACCACGAUUAUCAAUGAAAGAUGCAUCAUAUAUUGAAGAACGUGGUCGUUCAUCUCCAAAGUUAACACUUUCUCAGUUAUCAGUUGCUGAAGUGCUGUAUGAUUCCGGAGCUGACGGUUUUUCGCCAAACAAGUCAUCAAAUCACGUGAUCCCGAACCAGCAACCAAAUCAGACUGAUACUGCAGGAGCUGGCGAACUAGUUCCUUCAGAAGGAUUUACACGAGGAAGGUCGUACAAUAUAAGGAUGGAUGAUCAAAUCCUCCUUAAAUUUUCCCCUAAGAAUGCUGACUCUACUUAUUACUUCAGUGAUUCGAUAGGUGGAACUCUUACUUUCUUCCAUGAAGAAGGAGCCAGGAGAUGCCUCGAGUACUUAUCACAGGUCUCGGUAACGCUGGAAACUUCAGAGACAAUAAAUCGGCGUUUUGUUCAUCCAUCUCGGAGAAAUUCUCCAACGCUUACUAAGGUCCAAAGCGAUCAUCACGAGGUGGUAGCUGAUCUUGUGCAAACCAGCUUUCUUUUCUCGAUUCCGAUGGAUGGUCCAAUGUCGUUCUCUACACCUCAUGUUUCCGUGCAAUGGAUCUUACGGUUUGAGUUCUUAACCACCCCGAAGAAUGUCGACUUGAGCAGGUAUGAACAUCCGUUGCUAAUUGAGGAACGAGACAGAAGCGAAUGGGUACUUCCGAUCACAGUUCACGCCCCACCGCCGCGAACAUCGGUUGCUCACAACCGGAGCGAUAAGCUCUUCAGUCUGGAGCCUUCGUGGAUUCGUUAGCCUAAUCGCGGUUCAUCUCUACACAGCGCUCUUAUCCAUUACGCUUCGUUCCCUGGUCAGUUUAUUUCAUCUCAUUUUACUAUCCUUCUUUUUCUUUCUUUUUUUUGUUUCGGUUACUUCAGCAUUUGAAUACAUAUAUUGUUUUCCAGUGUUUUUUUUUCUUCAAAAACUCGCUGUGUUAUGAAAUAAAAACCAUAUAUAAACCCAUUAAAAAUUA